UCUCGUUUCAUCUUUCAUUUCUUUCUCGUGUUCUCAAAUCAGAGCUUAUUCAUUUCAAAUUACUCAAAGUCUUGGAGUUGAGACACAUAGAGAUUUAUAAUUUCCCUCUACAGAUACUAAGCCUCAUCUGGUUGAGGUACCUAUCAUUGCAAUGCCGUGAGAAUUUAGACAUACCUCCAGAAAUUUGUAGGUUAUGGAAUCUGCAGACAUUCAUUGUUCAAGAGGUGCAGACAUUCAUUGUUCAUGGGCCUAGUCGAAUAGUUAAAAUAACUUUUCCUGAGGAAAUUUGGGGACUAAUGCAAUUGAGGCAUCUCAAACUGCCCAGAUUUUAUUUGCCAGAUUGCCCAAGUGAAUCUGUUGACAAAAUAAGGCACUUGGAUUUUUCAAACUUACAAACUAUUGCUUACUUGUCUGCACGUUGUUGCACGAAGGAGGUUAUUUUGGGGAUUCAACAUGUCAAAAAAUUAGGAAUCGUACAAGAUGAGAAUGACUAUGGAUGUUUCCGGGACGCAGGACUUUUCAACAAUGUGCAUCAACUUGAAACAUUAAGUUUACUAUAUUUGCAUAAUAGGCUUAUUCCAGCAAGUGAAAAAGCUUUCCCAGCAACGCUCAAGAAGUUGAAGUUGAAAAGAACUUUUCUAAGUUGGUCGUGCUUGGACAUCAUAGCUGAAUUGCCUAACCUUGAGGUGCUGAAGCUGAUGGCUGAUGCAUGUCAU